AUGCACAGGACCCCACACGUGGGAAUAGUCGGUGCCGGCCUAGCGGGCUUGAGGUGUGCGGAUGUUUUACUUGAUCGUGGCUUUCGAGUAACAAUCCUUGAAGCUAGGGAUCGAAUUGGCGGUCGCGUAUGCCAAAGCGACGUUGGCGGGUUUAAGGUAGAUGUAGGCCCGAACUGGAUACAUGGGGCACAGAACAAUCCCAUCCUGGAUCUCAGUAACGGCUCAAAAACUAUUACCCAUGCAUGGGGCGGUUUGCAGAAUGUUAUUGAUACGUCUGGAGAGCCUCUUGACGAGGGUUUGGUUGGAAGGAUUUCAGACUUCAUAUGGACGACGAUAGAUGACGCGUUUGAAUAUAGCCGUCUUAACAAAGACAGAAUCCCUCCGGGCAAAAGCCUCUUCGAUUUUAUCAAGGAGCAGUUGGGAAAGGCCGAGUUUUCCGAGGUUGAGAAGGAAAAGUGCAUUGAAUUGUCAAAAAUAUGGGGUUCAUACAUUGGAUCUCCCAUUGAUCGGCAAAGCUUGAGGUUCUUUUUUCUAGAAGAGUGUUUAGAUGGGGACAAUCUUUUCGUGGCAUCCACAUAUAAGAAAAUCGUCGACUCAGUCGCCGCAGCCGCCCUCAAACGAGCUGAAAUCCACCUGAAUGAACCAGUUAUCAAAAUCGAAGCAAACCCCCGAGUUUCCGGAACGAACCAUCAAGUCAGAGUUACAGCCUCAACAGGGUCCCAAUAUCUAUUCGAUGAGUUGGUCACCACAUUUCCCCUAGGCUGGCUAAAACAAAACAAAACUACCUUCCAGCCAUCCCUGCCAACCCAUCUCUCCAAAGCCAUCGACAACAUUUCAUACGGCCAACUAGAAAAGGUCUACAUCCACUUUCCCUCCGCCUUCUGGGAGCAAGCACCAAACACAGGGCACAGCACCAGCACAAAACACCCUCUUUCUGACCUCCAGCAAAAUUCCCAAACCUCACCUCCUGAAGUCUCCACGUUCACCGAAUUCCUCACGCCCUCCUACACCAACCACCCAACCACCCCCUUCUGGAACCAACAGUGCGUCUCCCUCUCCGCCCUCCCGGGCCCCUGCGCCCACCCAACCCUCCUCUUCUACCUGUACGGCCCCUCCGCCACCGACCUCAUUUCCCAAAUCCACGCCCUUCCCCCCUCCUCAAAGGAAUACCACGACACCAUCAACACGUUCCUGCACCCCUUCUAUUCCCGCCUCCCAGGGUACGACCCAUCGUCGCCGAAUUGCCGCCCAACCGCCAUCCUCGCCACGCAGUGGCAACGCGACCCCUGGGCGGGGAACGGCAGCUACUCGAAUUUCCAGGUCGGGCUGGAGGCGGGUGAUCGCGACAUCGAGGUCAUGCGCGAGGGCAUGGGUGUCGAGCGCGGGGUGUGGUUUGCGGGCGAGCAUACGGCGCCGUUUGUGGGGCUGGGGACCACGUCGGGGGCGUAUUGGAGUGGGGAAGCGGUUGCCGGACGCAUUUGUGAGUUCUUGGCUGGUGCGGCCGGUACUGGUACUGGUGCUACUACUACUACUUCUACUACUACUAUUACUACUAGUAGUAGUGUUGGGACACGCGGGGAGCGGGGCCCUGGAGGAACGGAUUGCGUAUGA